GCUCAUCGUUGGCCCAUUUUUUAAAAACAGUUAGGCUAUAAUAAAUAAAUAAAUCAUUUAUGUUACACCGGCCCCAAAGGUUUGACGGCCCACCGGUAUGCCAGACUAACAGUCCACCCCCGGGGCUACAGUCUGUUUAUCCGGGGCUAAAGCCCUGGAAAAAUGACCUGGCGACGCCUAUGAACGGAACCAGCCCUGAAUAAUCAAUAUUAGAUAUGUCAGUCAAGUUAAAAAAGGGUUAAUAUGUUCAGGAUAUGUAGUUGAGGCCCUGCCACUGGAGUGAAUUGCAAAUCGCGGUUCUACUGGGGUUCUGUUGCCCCCGCUACAAUUUUAGGUAGACACAAGCAAGCUACUGUAUUAAUUUACAGUACCUACAAUAUGAUAUAGUGUGUCAUUCACACAACUCGAGAUACGGUUGCAAAGCUAUACUUCCAUAUUUUAUUGAAAACGUCUUGAGGGGAUCCUACGGAAUGUGGCACCAACCGGCUAACGAUAAAGCAGGUAAGCUAGCAUAUUUUAGCUAGAGGACUAACGCAUCACUCUGCUACAGUAAAAUCAGUUUGUCACAGUAAUUCUAGUGCCUUAUUUAGGCUUAAACACAGCAGUAUUUUGGUUGCAUGUCGUGUCAGGUUAAAUGCCAUCUCAGAAAUAUUAAACAUUAACGUUCCUUUAAUUUCCACCCAUUCAGAAAGUAACUUGCAGCCAACUUCCCCCUGAGAACACGGACAACUUCAGAUUCGUUAAGUUACAGCAAAGACAACAGAUGCAGCCAACCUUCACAGUGAGCUUUGGCAAGCUGGGGAAAUUGCAUCUCUUGAUAAAGGAGUGGGAGAUGGAGCCAGGUGUUUGGCAGCAGCAGAGUGUUCAGGUGUAACUGUGCUGGUGACGGGACAUGACGAGCAGCCGCAGAUGAAGGAUGAGGCGUGGAGGUUUUUGGGAAGAGGGGCACCCCGCGACCUGCUCCCUCAAGAUUACCCCCACCGAUGGAGAUGAGCCGGCUGGCAGGGCAGCAGCAUCUAUAUGCGGUGGUAAUGAAGACUCCACAGAUGCCAAGGGGAAAGGCUACAACGAAGUGGGAGGAGAGGAAAAACAGGUGGAGUGUUUGGAAAAGAAGCUCAUAACAUUUUUGGACAAGUCAGACUCCUUUAACAGCGAAUGCACCAAGCACCAUUCCACUUCCUGUCCUGACGUGCCCCAGUGCGCAGCUGGGAUUGGCUGCUCGUCUUCACAACUUCCUCAAGAACAAAAACACAGAGCGAUCAGCUGACAUUGAGUGCAGUAGUAGAAAGUACAGAUAUACAGGAGUAAAUAUAUGUUUUGACUCGUUGAUUUCUCUCUUAUUGUUUAUAUAAUCUCACCGAGAGAAAACAUAGGAAUGUUAGCAGGAAGUGGGGGAAACUGCUGGUAUCCAGAAGCACUCGAGAGUGAGUGGAAAAAGUCGUCUCUCAGCCACAACAAGAAGUGAAAGAUGGGCAGUGAGUACCAACCACUGUCUUCAGCAGAGUCAUGCAGAAGCUUAUUAACAGAGACUUCAGAGUGCUUUAUAUGCAGGGAUGUUGAACUUCAAGCCAGUGACCCACUGAGGAAUUUCUGUGACUGCAAAAAUUUACUUUCCCAUCACGUGUGUCUGUCCACAUGGAUCCAGAAGGGAUGUGGGAGUGAAGACAGGCUGAGAUGCAUUGCCUGCAAAGCCAAGUACCAACUCCAGUGGACUUCCCCAUGGCGGUCGGUGAGCCUCCAGUGGCAGACAUGGCUGGUGCUGAUCACUGCGUUUGUUUUGGUGGGUCUGGUGCCUUAUGUUGUUUACUGCAUGAUGACCGCCUUCACCAACCCGCCUCCUCCCACCACCUUUAAAGUGGCAGCAGCCUCUUUUGGUCUGCUGUCAGAGAUCCUGUUGAUCAAGUGUGUGUCCAGCUACCUCAGCAGUCGUUACCGGCAGGCUGAGAAGAGCUCCUUCACAAUCAAGGCCAGAGGCUUUAAAGAGGACAGAACGAGCCCGGGCUGCUGGGAUCGGUCUGAGGCCGCUUCAUCAGCAGCCUCGCCCAGUCAAGUGGAGGAAAGAAAAGCGGAUGUGUUGACGAGUGGACGUCUCAUCCUUUACUGAACCACUAACAGAAAGAGUUUACAGAACACAGGGUGAGAGUGAAUCCGUUGGGUAUGAGAUAAUUCUAACAGCCAUUUAAGAUCAGUGUGGCAUUUAUGAGAUUUUACACUUUAAAACCUGUUUUUGAGACGUCAAAUAUUCUUUUUUUCCUCUGUGUUAAACCCCGGCACUCUCACUUUAUCCUGUGGAUAUAUUCUCGCAUAUUACAAAUUGAUCAUAAGGAGGCUGAUGCACGCAGCUUGCUUGUGUUCAGGCUCAGAGAAAAAAAAAAAGAGCCUGAAAUCACUCUCGUUCCUUAAUGAUGUCCACACAGAGACAAUGGGGCGCCGCUCUGAUUAGUGUCACCUGUCCUUGUGCAUCUCAUCAGCUCCAUUAUGGCUCCGUCUCCCAUGCUUCUUUUGCUAAUUGAAUAGCCUGUGAAGUGGUGACGGGGACGGGGGCGAGAGAGGCGUCUGUCCCGCUGCUGCUUCAGAAAUGAGAGUAAAGCUUCCCAGUGAGACACUACUGUCGUUCUUUAAACAUAAACCAUCAUCAAACAGAUAGAAGAAGUGUUAAGUAGCCCUCAUGUUAUAUUACCAUCAUCUCUUACGGAUUGUGUUAAUAUAUAACUGCUCAUCUGCUAUAUGUUUGAGCAGGAUACAAUGCCACACGAUACACAUUUCCUGUUUGUUUGAUGCAUACUACAUGAGUUUAAGGAACUGGAAGAUUUGGUGUAAGUAUAAUGCUGGCAUUAUUCUAUAUUUUUUGUACUGUCAAUAAAUCCGAUGAAAAGAU